CUUUUCUUCAUCAUCUCUCUCAGAACCAUUCAUCAAUCUUCUUCUUACCUCUCACGUCUCACCCGAAACCUUGAAAAAGAUGAGGAUUAAACUAAAACCGAGGCAAAAAAAUAAUUCUGAAGCGGAAACAAGUCGUGUCGAAGAUACUAGAGAGGAAGAGGCUAUGGUGGAAGAGGCUAGGGUUGAAGAGACUAGUGUCGAAGGAGAUAUAAUCAGAGAGACUAUGGUGGAAGAUGUUAGAAACAAAGAUACUGGGAUGGAAUACAAUAGAGAAGAAGGUACUACUAUCGAAGUUGAUGCAGCUGGAGAUGUAUCUGAAGAUGAUUGUGAGGCCAUCGUGGAUGAUGCAACUGAUGAGUUAGAUGAGGAUGUUGGAGUAAAUGGAAUCAGUGUCGAAGAAGAAGAUUGCCCAAAUUUAGAAGUUCUCUUUGGAGAUAUGGCUCGAGAACAAGAAGAGGCGAGUGAUGCAGAUAGUGGCGACGAUAUUUGGGAUGACAGCAAUAUUCCUGAUCCAUUGUCAUCAGACGAUGAUGAAGAAGCAGCGGAGCGUAAAGAAAUGCGUGCAAAUACAAUAGAUAGUGAAGAGCUUCUCUUUCUGGGAAAGACAUUCGGAUGUGCUGCAGAUUUCAAAGUUGCUCUACUACGGUAUUCUCUAAGAACUAGAUAUGACAUUAAGCUAUACAAGUCGUCAGCUCAGAAGCUUGGUGCAAAAUGUUCUGACAUGGAAUCAGAGUGCCCGUGGAGAGUAUAUUGCUCAUACGAGAGAAGAAAACACAAAAUGCAAAUCAAAGUGUAUGUGAAUGAGCAUAUAUGUUUAAGGUCAGGUUACUCUAAGAUGUUGAAAAGGUCAUCAAUUGCAAUGCUUUUUGAAGAGAGAUUAAGGUUGAACCCGAAAUUUAGCAAAAAGGAAAUGGCUGAGGAGAUAAAAAGGGAGUACAACUUGAUUGUCACUGAGGAGCAAUGCGCAAAGGCCAAGAGCAAACUUUAUCGGGAAAGGAAAGCUAGCCAUGAAGUACAUUUCUCUCGCAUAUGGGAUUAUGAGGCAGAGUUAAGGAGAAGUAAUCCAUAUUCGACAGUGGUGAUUGAGACUAUUCCAGGGGUAACUCCGACUAGCAAGCAAAGGUUUGAUCGGUUUUACGUUUGUUUUACAUCACAAAGGGAAACUUGGAUUCAGAGUUGUAGGCCAAUAAUAGGAUUAGAUGGUGCUUUUCUGAAGUGGGAUAUUAAAGGCCAUCUAUUAGCUGCUAUAGGAAGAGAUGGAGAUAAUAGAAUAGUCCCAAUCGCAUGGGCUGUGGUUGAGGUUGAGAAUAAUAUCAAUUGGGAAUGGUUUGUGAAGCUUUUAAAGUCAGAUUUAGGAUUGAAUAAUGGUGCUACAACAACAAUAAUUUCAGAUAAGCAAAAGGGCUUGUUGAAUGCUGUAAAAGAGGAGCUUCCAGAGGCUGAACAUCGGAUGUGUUCAAGACACAUUCUUGCCAACUGGAAAAGAGACAGUAAAGAUCCACGGCUAGAAAGGAUUUUCUGGAAAAUAGCACGAGCCUACACAGAAGGAGAUUACAAAGACCAGUUAAAAGCUCUCAAGGCUUAUAAUCCAGGUGCGCAUGAUACUCUUCUCAGAACAAACCCUUCAGCAUGGUCUAGGGCUUUCUUCAAAAUAGGAUCGUGUUGUAGUGACAACCUCAACAAUCUCAGUGAGUCUUUCAAUAAGACUAUUCGAGAAGCAAGAAAAAAACCUUUGCUUGAAAUGUUAGAAGAUAUAAGGAGGCAGUGCAUGGUUCGUAAUGCGAAAAGAGCUUUGGUUGCUUCACGGUUAAAGACCAAAUUUACAAAACGAGCACAUGCUGAGAUUGAACAGACUAAAGAAAAGUCAAAGGUUUGCAAAAGGUACAUGGCUUGUGGAAAUCUUCAUGAGGUAGACGAUCACGAUGUUGCUUAUACUGUGGACAUGGAUUCUCACACUUGCGGAUGUAUAAAAUGGCAGUUGACAGGCAUACCAUGUAUUCAUGCUUCAUGUGUGAUAAUGGAGAAAAGGUUAAGGUUUGAUGACUUUGUAUCUAAGUUUUACACUGCAAACAUGUGGCGGAUUACUUAUUCUCGAGGUAUCAGACCUGUACAAGGGAUGAAGUUGUGGCCUAGGCUUAACAGGCUACCCGUGUUACCACCACCCUAUAGAUUAGGAAACCGGGGCAGACCAAGUAACUACGCGAGGAAGAAAGGACAGAAUGAGUCUUCUUCGUCACAACAAACUAAGCUAUCCCGAGACAGGCGUGUGAUGACAUGUUCUAACUGUCUUCAAGAAGGUCACACCAAAACCAAAUGUCCAAAUGAAACUGUUGAGAGACCUCCAAAGAGACCAAGAGGUCGACCAAGACUUAAUUUUGAGGGAGAACCUUCACAAGGAGUGUCUCAAGGACAAUCUGAAGGAAUGUCUCAAGGACAAUCACAGCUACCCUGAAUUGUUUGGAGUUUAAAGCCUCAGUCUAAUGCUUUUUUUAAUCGUUGUUCCUGCUGGAUUGUUUUGUCUCGGAUGGGUGGUGUUUUUUUUUUCUUAUUUCGACUAGAGUUUAAAAUGAUAUAUGCAUAACAACUUCAUGGUU